AUGAUGAAGAGUUUUUUCCUAGUUGUGAAUAUCGUUGCAUUAGCCUUGCCAUUUUUGGGUGCAGAGGUGCAAAACCAGGCACAGCCAACUUGCCGUGAAAAUGAUGAAAGACCAUUCAAUCAGAAAACUGCCAAGUAUAUCCCAUUUCAUUAUGUGCUGAAUAACUAUCCUCGCUAUGAACACACUUACUACCCACAUAGACCAGCUGUACCAAUUAAUCAUCAAUAUGUGCCUUAUCCAUAUUAUGCAAAACCAGUUGUUUUUUGGCCACACGCCCAAAUUCCUCAAUGGCAAGUCCUGCCAAAUGCCUACCCGCCCACCGUGGUACAUCGCCCACACCUACAUCCAUCAUUUAUUGCCAUCCCCGCAAAGAAAAUUCAGGAUAAGACAAGCAUCCCUACCAUCAAUACCAUUACUACUGCUGAGCCUACACUUAUUCCUACCACUGAACCAAGAGUGGACACUGUAGUCACUUCAGAGGCUUUCUCAGAAUACACCAUCACAAGCACACCUGAGACUACCACAGUUCCCGUUACUUCACCUAUGGUCUAAAAACUCUGAGGAAACAUCAAAGACAACACAGGUCUUGAUGAAGCUAAAUGACUACUCUAAACUCUCCUUUGGUCACUCAUCUACGUUCAUUCAAGAGAGAAUGUGAUUUUGAUAGAUUUGGCUCCUUUCUCUUCUCCCUUCACAUUUUACGUCCAUAUCACAU